AUGCCUCAAGGCAGGAAUAUUUUCGAUUCAAGUGCCAGGAGGCAGGUGACAGAUCCCAAAAGACCAGCAUCCGUCUUAGAGUCGGCUGCCGCGCAAAACUCCGAAAAACGGCCAAAGGUGGGUAUUCUGUUCUUGUCAGACAGUUGCUGUUGCGCUUGGUUGAUCGAAUUGCUGACACAUAUUCGCGAGAAGAUUCGGCACCUACGUGAUUCACCUGAUGCUGGGUCAUCUAUCGGCACUAGUCGCAGUGUGGUCAAGCCUAGCAACGACUUUCGCCUUUCUCUCCUACAACGCCUUGUCCGGGAGAUCUCAACCAAUAGCGCCCUCGCUGGUGCCGACCCCGAGAUUAAGGAGGCAGUUCUGAGGUUAAAUGGCACAUUUUGUAAGCCAAAGGACUUGCCGCCUUCAAGCGGUCCCUCUCCGGGUGGUGAUGUCCCAAAAUCACACGACUCAGAACGCACGUCAAAUGAGCCCAGUGGACCGCCCAGCCCUGUGCUACCCCCAAUCCUGGAUGAUAAGCUAGAACUUGCUGUUUUCACCCAUCCGGCACUUGGCAACAAUAACAGCAUGACCUACGACCGACUUGAGAUUCUAGGCGAUGCAUACAUUGAACUGAUUGCAACCAAACUCGUCUGGGAGAGAUUUCCAGACUUACCAGCAGGCCGAAUAUCACAGAUUCGAGAACUUCUUGUCAAGAAUGAGACACUAUCAGGCUUUGCAGAAAGCUUUGGCUUUGAUCGUAAGGUUUUGGUGCCGGCAAACUACAACACCCCAUCCAAGCGAUGGACCAAAAUAAAGGGCGAUGUUUUCGAAGCGUAUGUCGCUGCAGUCAUACUAUCCGAUCCUGUUUGUGGCUAUGAAAUAGCCCGGAAUUGGCUGACGGGGCUGUGGAUGCCGUUGCUUAGAGACCUGGGGCACCAAAAGGCGGAGUUACGCUGCAAGGAGGCUCUUGCUAAGAAGAUUAUGGGGAAAAACGUGAAGCUAGAAUACAUCGAGGAGCGUCCAUCAGUCCAGCAGAAGGGUGGGACACAGACUUUCUUCGUUGCCUUAUAUCUCACUGGAUGGGGAUGGGUAAAAAGAUAUCUGGGUUCUGGUCAAGGUUUGAGCAAAGCAGCUGCUGGUGACGAGGCAGCUAGAGUGAUUCUGACCAAUACCCCUCUACUUCUCGAGAUUAUGUUGGCAAAGGAAUCAUGGGAAUCUAAACCUUGA